AUGGCUCCUCAACCCCCACCUUACGGAUCACAAGAGUAUUGGAACCAGCGUUUUUCCUCAAAUACGGACACAUUCGAGUGGCUCGAGACACCAGACACCCUGGAAAGGUACAUCUCAGACGCCUUGUCAACUUCACAAGAUGAAGACCCGCAAGUGUUACACGUUGGAUGUGGUACCUCAUCACUGUCGUUCUAUCUAAGCAUGCACGUGAAGAGCCCGCGUCAAAUACAUAACCUAGACUAUUCGCAAGUCGCUAUAGAAGUAGGCGUAGCCAAAGAGCGCGAGUUAUCCCUUUACCGCUCGGAGCGAAGAGGUACAGACGAUCAUGGGCCGGAUGAUAAUGACGUUUUGAAUUUCAUGCGUUGGAGUGCCGUGGAUCUCUUGGAUUAUAAAACAGUCAUCCAAGCGUGUAACAAAAGCACAUAUUCAGUCAUAGUAGACAAAGCUACUACAGAUUCCAUCGCAUGCUCAGACGACGUCACAAUACCCAUUCCCUACCCGAUCGCCACAAGUCCCUGGACUCCAGGUACCACGCCCGCCAAUGGCUCGCACGAAUCAACAUAUCCGCUCAACGUCCUCGCCGUCAACCUGGCACUCACUGCAAAACCCAAGGCGCGCUGGAUAUGUCUAUCCUACUCGAACGACCGUUUUAACUUCGCCGAAUGGUCAGCACCUCGUUGCGGAUUUCCCCACAUAGGCCAGCUUUGGAACGUAUUGGGUAAAUAUGCAAUGGACAAAGCGACGCCCGCAACUGAAACCGAAACUGAAACGCGCGAUGGCACCAUCACCCAUAGACCGAAGAUUUUCAAUUGGGUAUAUGUUCUCGAGCGAACGGAACGCGCACUUUACGUUCGAGAGCAGACGGAGAGCAUGUCCCCUUGA